UAACGGCGGGACAACAACGCGAGGCCCGGGACCUGCCCGACUCCAUCUUGGCCCUAGCAAGAGAAAACAGGGAAGCUGCAAAAAAAACAAAACAAAACAAAAAAAACCUGCGUAACCCGUUUAUAAAACAACGGGAGGCGAUUUAAACAAACACGGUUUCCCUUAUUCGUUACACCCUAACUGCAGCCGAGCAGCGAAAGAGCCGCAAAACCAAAAAAAACAAAACAAAAACAAAACAAAAACACACACAGUUUGGCCUAAGAGACGACCAGGCAGACAAGCCUUUCGGACUUUGUUUUGGUCAGUGAAGAUGCUUGGGAGGAUGCCCCUAUCGCUGGCUCCCCUUCUCCUGUUGCUGCCUUCGGCAGGAGCCUUCAUCUACGCAGUAUCGAACAGCAACACUACCAUGAUGUUUGAUGACCUGCCUGCCCUUUUUGGUAACCAGCUGCCUAAAGAUGGGUUAAAGGGUUUUCUGGUCGAUGCCCGUCCUGCCAACGCCUGCUCCCCUAUUGAGGGCCCCCCUGCUAGCAACAACAGCAGCAAGUUUGUUGUCCUGAUCCGAAGAUAUGACUGUAACUUUGACGUCAAGGUCCUGCACGCGCAGCAGGCUGGGUACAGUGCUGCCCUCGUUCACAACGUCGAUUCCAACAGGCUGCUGAACAUGGGCUACAGCGACGAGGAGACUGUGCGUCAGAUCGAGAUUCCCUCCCUCUUCAUAGGAGCCUCAGCGUCGGAGUCCUUGCUUGAGCUGUACAUGUACGAUAAGGGCGGUCACCUGCUGCUGCUCCCGGACUUCUCCUUCCCGCUGGGAUUCUACCUCAUUCCCUUCACCGGCGUCGUGGGGAUAGUCGUCAUAGUGAUGUUCACUAUCAUGAUCGUGCGGUGCGUGCAGUACCAGAAAAGAACCUGGAGACACAGACUGACCAAGAGCCAGCUGAAGAAAAUCCCUGUCCACAAGUACAAGAAAGGUGAUGAGUAUGACGUGUGUGCGAUCUGCCUGGAUGAGUAUGAGGAAGGGGACAAGCUGAGAAUCCUGCCCUGCUCCCACGCCUAUCACUGUAAGUGUGUGGACCCGUGGCUCACCCAGACCAAGAAGACCUGCCCUGUGUGCAAGCAGCGUGUGGUACGCACCGCGGAGGACUCGGAGUCCGAUUCAGGAUCUGAGGGGGGCGAGUCGGAGCGCACCCCGCUGCUGGGGCCCCCGUCCCCGGCCAGCACAGAUCGGCCACAGGGCCAGGCCUUCGGGUCGAUGGGCGAGUCAGCGAGCCUGGAUCCCCCAGAGGAGAGCUACUACACCUUCGAGAACGAGGAGCAGGAUUCAGAGUCAGAGGAGAGUCUCGGCGAAGCCCCCCUGCUGUCCGCGGAGCAGCACACCAUCCAGGCACACUCUGCAGCCACAGGGCCGGUUCGAGUCUAGCCACGCUCAGGUCUUUUUAUAAAGAAUCGCUGUCAUCCCAGUUUUGAUCACUACUACUGCUUCCAGGGGUUUCUGUGGGUCAAUUCCUGGUUUUAGAUUCCCCUUAAAAAACAAAAAAACCAAAAAAACAUUCCCCUUUUGAAUCGAUCCCAGCACGUUCGCCGAUCAAAAUGUCACUGCGCUGUGUUCUAUGAAAAUCGAGCUUCUCGCAGCGGUGAGCAAACGCAAAGAAAAGGACUUGUUAAAAAUUUGAAGUCUGCUGUUUCGUUAGCUAGUGAAACAGUCUUCAAAUCGAAGCAGUUGAACAACAGCCGCAGCGAGGAUUUCGAAAAAAUCAUUUCCCUUAGCGGAAUGGAGAAUUGACUUUUAAAAAGGACUUGGAAUUCAAAAACAGGAAUUGACCUCAAACCUGAUCAGUAAAACAAAGGUAUUGCUACUGUGAGUGGUAUUAUUAUUAUUACUUUGUUUUUUGUCGGUAAGCUUAAUCACACACCACAUGAAAAGGAUGGAAACGGGACUCUCAUUGCCUAGCGGUUUGAUCCAUUCCUGGUGUUACUAUGAUAUUUUUAAUAAGACACCACUGAGCUUGUUGCCUAGACACACUGGGGGCUAAUCAAGCUGGUAGUAAUAAAACCUGGAAUGGAUCAAACUGCUGUGCAGCGGGAGUCUUGUUCCCAGCUCUGCACAGAACAACCACGAGAAAUAUUGGACCUUUUUUUUUUUUUUUUGGGGGGGGGGGGGGGG